GCCUCCCGCCCUCUGGCUCCGCGCCCUCCCGCCGGCGGCCCCAGCGCCUCUCCGGCACCACCGCCGUCCUUCCUCCACGCUGGGGAGCUGCGGAGGGGAGAGCCGCCGGGGCUUCCCACGCAGGGCGUGUGAGUGAGUGGGGCCGCAGCCGGUGGGCUGAGGAGCCUCUGAGGGGGAGUUCCUGGGAGCCGGAGGAGGAGUGAGGAGGAACGGCCGGGGGAGGGCGGGGAAAGGGAGUGAGGCCGCGGCGGGACAGGAGCGGGCGGUGGCUGCCGACGCUCUCUGCUCCACAGCCGGUGGCAGCCCCACGCACGCAAGCGGCUCUGAGGGAGGCAGAGGCCUCCCCGGCCGGGAAGGAGAGAGUCGCGGGCCGUGCGUGCCCCGUCCUGCGGAGGGGACCGGGACAAGCCCUCUUCCUCGGGGCGGCUGGGCGGGAGCCGGCCCCGGCCCCCGGCCUUUGUGUGAAGCAGGAGCCGUUGCAGGCGCCCGGGGAGCAGGAUCGCGGGCAGCCCGCGGACCUGCCGGAGUUCACAGCAGCCUGACGGCCUCGGCCGGCAGAUACGUUUGUUCAUAAAAGAGCGAAUGGUGAGGUCUGCUCACUGAUUCCUGAGGAACAUCUUACUACACGUUCAUAAAGAGGUCAUGAUAUGUGAGAAAUGAGAUAAAGACGUGCAGUAAUAUCCAGUAAGGACCAAAAGACAACAUUUUGUUGGUGGAUAAAACACUGGAUUUUUGUUAGAAAUUUCUGCAAGAGUGAUACUAUCAGUAAAGAUGUCAUACUUAACAAAAGGAGUUAAAUGUUGCAGUCCUGUGAAUCAGAUGCACAAAGUAGCAGGAACUCUGUUUAAAGCACACAUACUGGGCAUCAACAAACAAUUCAAAAUUUCACGUACAUCAUCUCAACUUAGAUCUGAAAAGGCAAACUCUUAUAAUUAUGUUAUUGUUGGAGCUGGCUCAGCAGGGUGUGUAUUGGCCAACAGGUUGACUGAAGACCCUCUCAGUACUGUACUACUUUUGGAAGCAGGCCCUAAAGAUACUCUUCUAGGUAGUAAAAGACUGAUGUGGAAGAUUCAUAUGCCUGCUGCAUUAACAUACAACCUCUGUGAUGAGAAAUAUAAUUGGUAUUACCACACAACAUCGCAAAAACAUAUGGAUAACCGAAUUAUGUACUGGCCUCGUGGAAGAGUGUGGGGUGGCUCCUCUUCUCUCAAUGCUAUGGUAUACAUUCGGGGGCAUGCAGAAGAUUAUAAUCGAUGGAGCAGGGAAGGGGCUGUAGGAUGGGACUAUGAACAUUGCUUGCCCUAUUUCAAGAAGGCACAGACACAUGAACUGGGGCCAGAUCAGUACAGAGGUGGAAAUGGACCUCUGUAUGUGUCAAGAGGGAAAACAAACCAUCCUCUUCAUCAUGCAUUCCUGGAGGCAACCCAGCAAGCUGGGUAUCCCUUCACAGAUGAUAUGAAUGGCUAUCAGCAAGAAGGAUUUGGCUGGAUGGACAUGACUAUACACCAAGGUCAAAGAUGGAGCACAGCUAGUGCUUACCUUCGCUCAGCCAUAUCGCGUCCAAAUUUGUCAGUUGCAGAGAAGACACUUGUAACAAAAAUCCUGUUUCAAGGAACAAAAUCCAUUGGUGUUGAGUAUGUGAAAAACGGGCAACGGAAAAAGGCUUUUGCCAGUAAAGAAGUUAUUUUAAGUGGAGGUGCCAUAAAUUCUCCACAGCUGCUUAUGUUGUCUGGGAUUGGCAAUGCAGAUGAUCUAAAAAAACUGGGGAUCCCUGUUGUUUGCCAUCUUCCUGGAGUAGGCCAGAACCUUCAAGAUCAUUUAGAAGUGUACGUCCAGCAAAAGUGCACCAAACCCAUUACUCUAUAUAACGCACAAAAGCCAGUUAACAUGAUGAGGAUUGGUCUAGAAUGGCUUUGGAAGUUUACAGGUGAGGGGGCCACUGCCCACUUAGAAUCUGGUGGUUUUAUCCGAAGUGAACCAGGGGUUCCUCACCCCGACAUUCAGUUCCACUUUCUCCCUUCUCAGGUGAUUGAUCAUGGUCGGGUUGCUUCCACAAUGGAAGCUUACCAGGUCCAUGUGGGACCCAUGAGGAGCACGAGUGUGGGCUGGCUAAAGCUGAAGAGUAUAGACCCAAAUGACCAUCCUAUCAUUGAGCCUAACUACAUGUCAACAGAAAGAGAUAUUUGGGAAUUUCGCCAGUGUGUCAAGUUGACCAGAGAGAUCUUUGCUCAGAAAGCUUUUGAAAAAUUUCGCGGGCCUGAAAUUCAACCAGGAAACCAUGUUCAGUCUGACAAAGAAAUAGAUGCUUUCAUAAGGCAGAAGGCUGAUAGUGCUUAUCAUCCUUCCUGCACCUGUAAAAUGGGUCAGCUUUCAGAUACCACUGCUGUGGUUGAUCCCCAAACAAAAGUAAUUGGCGUUGAAAACUUGAGAGUAGUAGAUGCUUCAAUAAUGCCCAGUGUGGUCAGUGGGAAUUUGAAUGCCCCAACUAUUAUGAUAGCAGAGAAAGCUGCAGAUAUAAUUAAGGGCCUCCCAUCACUUCAGGAAAAAAAUGUUCCUGUAUAUAAGCCCAAGACCUUGGAAACACAGAGAUAAACAAAUGUACUCACCCUUUCACAUCUUUUGCUACUUAGGUUUUUCAUCAGCACGUUGGUAUCUCAUACUGAACAUGCCAGCAAAAUAAAUACCAUGCAAAACAACAUAUCCUAUUAAAAUAACUAUUAAUUUGAGCCAUUCUCUUAUAUUAGACAACCUAUUCAUUUUUUUUAAUUGUUUGGCUUAAGCUGCUUUCAGUAGUUAAAUGUGACCUUUUGUGGUACAGUUCAAAUUUUUUGUUGAAGAGAAGCUAUUUCUAAAUAACAGGACAGUUGCACACAUAAAGCAGAAAUACUGUGCAAUUGCAUGAGGAACGGAAGAAAUGAAUGUGCACUAUUUUGAAAAUCAUUAUGGUAUGCCUUGUUAUUUAAAGGAUAGAUUUUAACUGCUAUGAGAAUGUUACCCAGGAUAACAGCUAGUCAGUAAUCCCCACAUCCUGCAAAGACUGGUUAAGUAAAUGCAAGCAUUUAUACAAUUUCAUAUUCACAGGCCAAAGUAGUACGUACCAGAAUUCAUAGGAAAGAGAGGAACCUGCAUGUGUUCAGAAUUUGUUAAAUGUGAUUUUUGUAUGAGAGGAAUGCAGUUUACAAAUCCUCAUGGAAAGUUAGAAUUCACCGUACAUAGCAAUCCUAACUGUAUAGUAUUCAGAAAGAAGACAUAUAUUUUAUUUAUCAGAAACUUAUUUUUCUAAUAAAUGCAGAACAAGAGCUGAUAUUUUUAAAAUAUACUGGAAAACUGGAAUUUCUCCUUGUUUUUCUCGCAAGGAGCUUAGUAGAAUUCAGUUCAUAAUUUAAGCUGAUUUAGUUGCACCACUUUAUCACUUAGUUCAGUAAGAGGUCUGCAUUUCCUAUAAUGUCCUUAAAGUUACUGGUCUUUGCUCUAAGAUGAGUGUUUGCAAAAGAUAUUUCUCAGCAAAUAUUCUGAAUGGUGCCUUACUAUCCUUUAAAUUUUAUUUUAAAAAAUAUAGCCAAGGUAGAUUUAAAAUGAAGGGUUACUCAGAAUAACUGCAUAAGGGCAGAUAUUGAUGAUACAGGAAGAGAUCUGUUUAAAUUAGAAGGCAAGUAACCUAUUCAGUGAAUCAAUACCGUAUUUUAGUUAGGGCUUAAAUCUUUGUUUUACUAUCUUCAGAUGUGUAAAGCAAGAUACAUGAUCUUUCAUGGCUCUUUUCUGUGUCAGUCACUUUCAGGUACUGAUUGUUUUGAAACAAAUCAGAACAAACUACUUAAAGAAAAUGAACUAAUUGAAUUAAAUUUAACCCACUGAGUUGUUUGGAUUUAUUAAGUAUUCUGAAAUAACUUCUUACUAAGCAGCUGUCAAAUUAUAAAGUAAAAGCUUCUGCAGCUUAAGAUUGCUCAGGACUUGUGGUAAACAAAAUAAACUUUUUUUUUGCAGAAAAAAUGGAAUUUUACACCAUUUGAGCAAAUUGUAAAAAAAAACUUGCUGACUCAGAUGUUGGCUAGAGAGACAACUGCAGAUGUUUAAGGCAGAUACUUCUACCUGGUGCUGCUUGCUGUAAGGCAGUGGUUGGAAGCCCUGCUGCUAACUGAGGGAAAGGACUUAAUUCAUUAGAGUAUCUGCAUAAAGAGUAAACAAACAUACUGAAGAUGGAAGAUGAUAGCAGUGAACUCUGCUCCAAAAGGAGACAGGUAAACCCUUUCUAUAUAUGUGAUGCAUUCUUUUGGAAUGAGGAGAAAAGCAAGAAUAUUUUAAGUCAUAGGUGAUUUAUUAGCUGUGUUAAUAAGACAAUUUCAUCUGAUGCAACUGUGUGUUUGGGGAAAGCAUGAACUCUGUAUAGUGUACCUUUUUAUGGCAAAUCAUUUUUAUUCAGCACCUGUGCUUUUGAGAUUAUCAUUUAAAGGUAUUCAGUAGAUAUCUUAGUGUCAUUUGGAAUACAAAGUAUUAGGAUACUCAGAGUAAUAUAUACUGGUGAGACUUACCACAGUCCUGUGCAGCUGAGAGGAGAAGCAAUUUGGAAGGAUGGAAUACUGAAGUUCCUGCAUUUGCAGAUUUACAAGGUGGGUUUCCACUCUAGGCAUGCAAGAUGGGAAUUGUUAUUAUGCAACUGCAGAGGAUUAACUAGCCACUGUCUUACAUAACUUAUUACUGAACACGCACAGAACUAUCCUCUGCCAUUAUGUCGAGCUCUGAAAGGUGAUGAAAUAGCAAGGUUAGAUAUACAUGCCAAACUGCAUGUGUGUCUUCUGUUCAGGUACAUAUUGCUGCAUUGUGCAACCAGAGAAGCAGGCAUUUCUUCUGAAACAUCAUCAGCUUUUCUGGCAGUUCUAAACAUCCAUAGAGAGCUUGCAAAUUUCUCCCUUUCUAAACACUUCAAUAUUUUCAUUGCUGUGAACCACAAUUACUUUAUUAAUUUAGGCCUCACUGCUACAGGAUGUAGAGGCUCCUUCAUCACGUUCCUUUGAUGCAGUGCUAAAGAAAUGGCUCAGGUAGUUGAAAGUUUUGUUGACCUAGGGAAAUCUUUAGGUAGCAUCAAGCUACCAUUAGUUUUUCCUGCAUUGUAUCUGGUUGCUGAUAUUGAAUUCCUGUUAAAAUUGUUCUUACUUCUAGCAGAGUCAAGUCUCCUAAGGGAUACUUAGAAAGGUACAAGAUAUUCUAACAUGCUCUAGCACCAGCAGUCUGCUAGCUAAAAUUAACCAUCUUCUACACCUUAUUGGAUUGCAGAGCACAGGCUGCUAAUUCGAGUUUUACUUAUUUAACAAAAUAAUACAGUGUAUAAUUGAAUAUUAUUCCCAGUUCUACCCAGAUAUAAAUUUUUCUGUCAAUGUGCAGAUGAUACUACAUUAUAUAUUCAAAACCAGUUAAUUAUAAAAGCUGUUUGAUAUAGUAAUUUGGAAGUUACUAGACCUGCCAGCACGGCUUGAACCUGCAACAUGCUGUGAGUGAGAAUACCAGCAUUUCCAUGGUAAAACUUGCUGCAGAUGCUGCUGACACAGUUGGAGGUCUCUGGCUGGGGAUAGUGAGAUUAAGAAAGAAGAGUGACCAAAAAUGUUUCUUUUCUACACAUACUUCAAUUCAAGUUGCUUUAGUAUGAGAAGUGCUUUUAACAGCAGCAGCAAAUAGCAGUAUUUGUAAAACUGCAUUUUAUUUAUGUAAGGCCAUUCAAGGUUUUGUACACCAGAACUUUUGAUGUUUCUACAGCUUAAAAUCCUUUUUCAAUUAGUCUGCAACCAAAUGAGGCAGCUACAUAAACACUGGCAAACUGGAAAGUAGGCUUGGAACAUGCAUUUUCUAUAAAAUAAAUUUUGAGGAAUAAUAAAAGCAUGAAGAGUUACUGAAGAGAGAACACAAACACAUCUUAUUACAGUAUUAUAAUUUUUAGUCUCUAUUCUUCUGUCAUCCAAGCUCCAUAAAAAGACACUGUUCAAAUAUGAAUAUAUAUUUGCUUUUUCAGUUAAUUUACUUCACUGUAAAAGAACUAGCAAUGUUUGAUUUUUUACUAAUGUUUUCUGUCAUUAUAUACAUGUAUGAACAAAUCUGGAAACUCAUGAAAGAUGCUUUAAUUCUUGAGAUUACUCAAUAUGGAAAAACUAGAAGUUACUACUAUGAUUGGCAGUAUUUUAAGGGUGCCAAUUACCAUGUAAUUGUGCCUAUAUUGAUUACUUUUUUCCGUAUACUUCUGUAAUAAAAUUGAACAGGUA